AGUGUAUGUGUAAGGUUCCAUAAUCCGUCUGAAUUCUUUCUUUCUCGGUGUGGUAUAUUAUCUUAGUUUAUGGAAUAAAACAGUUACAAACAGUUUCUGUGCGUUCCGAAAGAAACUUCUAUUGCUAAUUACUGAUAUAUCGUAUAAGUUCCAGUACUUUAGACUUGUUUAGUUAUAAUUAUAAGUUAUAAUACUUAUGUUAUAUGAAACACUCAAAUUUGAAAACGUCAGUGUAGUAAUUUUGAUUUCUAUUAUUCAAUUUAUUGUUAAUUAUAAAACUAAAAGUUAACAUACACUGCUGUCUGCGUUCAUAACUUUUUGUUUAAAUUAACUUGUACUAGUACUACUCUAUAUAAAUUAAUAUAUCGUACCAUUUCACGGUGUCUUUUAAUUUUAUACCAUAAUAUAAUACAUUUAUUUACAACUUACAGUGUUAACGUUAUACUUGAAAAAAGUUUACAAUGCUAAGUUUGGUGAGACUAAGACUCGUGAAAUACGUCUUACAAACGUCGGGAAAAUAUGGUUUUUUUCGAAAUAAGCUAAGGAGUGUUUCACCUAAAAGUCAAAACAAUCACUUAAGUGUAGCAGGUAAACACAGUAACACCAAAAAUCGCCCGAGUGACACUGGCAAAUUACGUGAUUGUGUAGUAAUAAACAGGUGUUCAACGUCUACUACUAGUAUUGAUCUUACUAGGUCAGUUUUUACUGCCUCAGCCGAGAGUAAGAGCAAAAUAUUAAUCCCUGAUCAUGAUGAAUUUUCUAAGAGACAUAUUGGUCCAAGAGACACUGACAAAAAAGAAAUGCUUGAAGUUGUUGGAGUUAAGAAUGUUGAGGAGCUGAUUGAGAAGACUGUACCAUCAAGCAUACUACAUCGAAAACUUCUUAAUAUGGAUCAUCCAUUGGGUGAGCAGGACCUGCUAAAGAAAAUCAAAUCUAUUGCCCAGAAAAACAAAAUAUGGAGAUCAUACAUUGGAAUGGGCUAUAACAGCUGUAAAGUUCCUCACACAAUACUCAGAAAUAUCCUAGAAAAUCCAGGAUGGUAUACUCAGUACACUCCAUACCAAGCUGAAAUAGCUCAAGGAAGACUAGAGAGCUUGUUGAAUUAUCAAACAAUGAUAGCUGACUUGACUGGUCUGGACAUUGCAAAUGCUUCUUUAUUAGAUGAAGGAACGGCAGCAGCAGAAGCUAUGGGUGUUUGUUACAGACAGACUAAAAGAAACAAGUUUUACUGUUCUGAGAAGGUGCAUCCACAGACUCUAGCUGUUGUACAGACACGCGCAAGUGCCCUGGGAGUUGAAGUACUUGUUGGUGACUUAAACGCUAUGAACUACAGUCAAAAAGAUGUGAUGGGUGUUUUGUUUCAAUAUCCUGAUACUGAAGGAGCAAUUAAUGACUUUUCAGAACUGGUGCACAAGUGUCAUGAAUAUGGAACGCUGGUUGUUUGUGCAUGUGAUCUUCUAGCACUUACUAUCAUAAAACCACCAGGAGAGUUUGGAGUGGACAUUGCUGUUGGAACCAGUCAGCGAUUUGGUGUACCAUUGAAUUAUGGUGGACCUCAUGCUGGAUUUUUUGCUGUACAAGCAUCACUGACUCGUAUAAUUCCUGGUCGCAUGGUGGGGGUGUCCAGAGAUGCAUCAGGAGAUAAGGCAUAUCGCCUUGCAUUACAGACACGUGAACAACAUAUUCGACGUGACAAAGCAACAAGCAACAUUUGCACUGCUCAGGCCCUCCUUGCUAAUAUGUCUGCAAUGUAUGCUGUAUACCAUGGUCCUGAUGGACUCCGAGCUAUUGCCAACCAAGUUCAUAAUGCCACUCUUUGGCUGGCUAAAGGUAUAAGGGAAGCUGGUCAUGCAAUGGAAAACUCGGUUGUUUUUGACACUUUGAAGGUCAUGCCAUGUGUAUCUCAGGGUGAAAUUCGAAAAAGAGCUCAUGAAUUAGAAAUUAAUCUUCGCUACUACGGAGAUGGCUCAGUUGGAGUUUCUUUGGAUGAAACUGUUAAAGAGAAGGAUAUGAAUGAUUUACUUCAGCUGUUUGGUGUCAAAAAGAAAGUUGAAGAGAUAGUAAAUUUUUCAACUGAGAAAUUUGAAGAAAGUAUAUAUGGCACACCAUUUGAGCGGACAUCAAAGUAUCUGAUUCAUCCUGUAUUUAACAUGUAUCAUUCAGAAACAGCUCUUGUAAGGUACAUGAAAAUGUUGGAGAAUAAAGACAUUUCAUUGGUACAUUCCAUGAUACCCCUAGGUUCUUGCACAAUGAAGCUCAAUGGCACCACUGAGAUGAUGCCCUGUUCAUGGCAAGAGUUCACAGACAUUCAUCCUUUUGUACCCAAAGAACAAGCAGAAGGAUACAAACAAUUGUUUGAAGAGCUGGAGCGAGAUCUGUGUGAAAUAACUGGGUUUGAUAACAUAUCUUUUCAGCCUAACAGUGGUGCCCAAGGUGAAUAUGCAGGAUUAAGAGCUGUAAAAUCUUACUUGAAAGCUAUCGGACAGCAACAAAGAGAUGUCUGUUUAAUACCAGUGUCAGCUCAUGGGACAAAUCCUGCUAGCGCACACAUGGCUGGAAUGAUUGUAGAACCUGUACGGUUAAACAAGGAUGGUAGUAUUGAUGUUGAUCAUCUUAAGACACGGUUGAUUGCCAACAAAGAUAAGGUUGCAUGUCUCAUGAUUACUUAUCCAUCUACAAAUGGAAUAUUUGAGGAAGGCAUCAGAGAGAUGUGCAAUCUUGUUCAUGAGUAUGGUGGACAAGUGUACUUGGAUGGGGCUAACAUGAAUGCCCAGGUUGGAUUGUGUAGGCCUGGAGACUAUGGAGCAGAUGUGUCUCACCUGAAUUUGCACAAGACAUUCUGUAUCCCACAUGGUGGAGGUGGACCAGGUGUUGGCCCUAUUGGAGUUAAAGCCCACCUUUCACCAUUCUUGCCAUCUCAUCCUGUUGUUGAUCCACUUUAUGGACUUGGACAAAACCUAAAGCCAUUUGGUGUAGUAAGUGCUUCACCUUGGGGUUCAUCAGCUAUUCUGCCAAUCUCCUGGGCUUACAUCAAGAUGAUGGGACCCAGUGGACUUCGUCAUGCUACAGAGAUAGCCAUAUUAAAUGCUAAUUAUAUGAGCAGAAAAUUGGAGAAGUACUACCAAAUUCUUUACAGGGGAACAAAUGGAAUGGUAGCUCAUGAGUUCAUUAUUGAUGUACGAGAGUUCAAGAAAACUACUAAUGUAGAGGCUAUGGACAUUGCUAAGCGACUUCAAGAUUUUGGGUUUCAUGCUCCUACUGUAUCUUGGCCUGUUCCUGGAUCACUUAUGGUUGAGCCUACUGAGUCAGAGGACAAGAGAGAACUAGAUCGUUUUUGUGAAGCUUUAAUUGUUAUAAGAGAGGAAAUCAAAGACAUAGAAGAAGGUAGAAUGGACAAGAAAAUCAAUCCAUUAAAAAUGGCACCACAUCCUCAAAAAGAUGUAUAUUCUGAUACAUGGAAUAGACCAUAUAGUCGACAGAAAGCAGCAUUUCCUGCAAAGUUCAUCUCUCCUGAGUGUAAGGUAUGGCCAACUGUGAGCCGAGUUGAUGACAUUUAUGGAGACAAAAACCUAUUUUGCACAUGUCCUCCUAUGGAAGCAUAUGGAAGUGAAUAAUAAUGAUUGAAAGCAAUUUUAGGAAUUUUAGAAAAUGUUUACUGAAUUAAAUUUAAACAUUUAUAGAGUUGUGUAAAGAUGGUGUUUAACCAUAAUAUACUUCUUUUUGUCAGCUUCAGUUGAAUAUGUAGUAAUCCUUUGGGGGUCAUAUUGCUUAAUUACCUCUGAAGUGAAUUGAUAUCUAGCCCUUUUGAAAAACUAAUUAGUGCUGAAAAAUAAACUAUUUCAAUAUCUAGUAAAAUUUGAAUACCAUGAAAAUUCCUGCAUUGUGAAAUGGCAUAAGCUGUAUAAAGUAUGUAUGGUAUCACAUUUCUUGUUACCAUUUUUACUUUGGCAGUUUUAUAUAUAUAAAAGCUCAUGCAAUGUAUUGGAGAAUUGAAUUUAAAUUUCUUAUGUAUAUUUACAUUGUAUGUCAUUUAAAAGUUUUAAAGGUUAACUUGUGAUACUACAGUUCUAAAAAUCAGUUAAGAAUGUGGUCAGAAGUAAUUUUACUUCAUAAUCUAAAUUAUGUAAAAUAUCAGAUCUAAGUUGGUGCAGUACUUCUAUCAAGUACAAAAACAUCUAGGUUAAAAAUUCGUAAUAAAUUUCUGUUAAAAUACUGUUGAAAAUAAAAAUGUAGCUCUGUAAUUCAUCUGUACUUUUGCAAUCUGUAGGUUGCAGGAUCAAAACCAUGUACUAAAUAGGUUUUGCCCUUUCAGUUAUAAUAUGAUGGUCAAUUAGGGACUAUGACAAAUAGCCUUAGUAGCUCUGCCAUAAACAAAUGAAUGUGUUUUUCAUGCAUUACAUUUAUAUUUCAAUUUAUCUUAAUCAGGGAUAAUUUUGCAGCAAUGAGACAAUUAAGACCAAAGAUUUUGUUAAGAUUAGUUUUAAUUUACAAUAUUGUAUGUUUUUUGUUUUUUUUGUCAAUAGCAGAAAUUGUUUUCAAAUAUUCUAGUCUGCAAUUCCUCAAAAAAAAAUUCUCGUUUGUUCAUCAGAGUUUUGAUUUUCACAUAUCUUGCCUACAUUACGACUUACCAGAAUAGUACUAAAGUGGAGAAAACACUUUAAUGUAUUGAAAAAAAAUUGUAAAAUUUUUCUGCCAUUAAUGUGUUGGUUAUAUUAUUUAUAUCUUAUAUAUAUUAAGCAUCAAAUUUAAUGUGAAAAUUUAUUAAAAGACAAUAUGUCAUUCACUUUUCCUUUUGUUAUCUUGAACUUAUUAACAGUUGUAUUUUGCCUCCUUCACUUAUGAUAACUUUCAGGUACAUGUUUGUAAAAGUCACAAGAAUAGAAUUUUGUGAUGUUUUGGAAUUAUAACAAAAUUUAAAUGUUUUAAGUACUUAUUGACAUUUGGAAAACCUGAAAACAUCACAUCUUAACUUCCCUUUGGAUGGGGGUGGGGAUAAUGACAUAAUAAUAACAGGUUAGUAAAACUGUGUAUAAUGUUUAGUGCCAUUAAAUAUUAGUAAAAUUCAAAUGUUUACUUGUUUGUGAAGCUACAAUGUCAGUGUUUUUCAUUAAAAUACACAUUCCUAUAAGAAUGUGUGUCAAAAUGCCUGUAAUUUGUUUUAUUUAGGAAUACUAUACAUUAUACUUUCUAUUUGAGCUUCCUAGAGCAUAGGAUAUCUCUCUUUCUCUCUCUCUAUAUAUGCACUUUUCAAGUUAUGUAUUUGAAAGAAAUUACAAUUUAAUGAUAUUUUGUGGUAAUGACCUUAUUUUAACAACCCUCCUAUAUUGUUAAAGUGGAUGAUGAAAUAAGAAAUUCUUCUUAGACUUAUAGAUAGAUUCAUAAUUUGUUGUUUGAAUCAUUGCUGCCUACUCAGAUCACUAGCUGUUAUAUUUCUUUUGUAAUGUUAACUGGAGUGUGUUGGAAAAUUAUUUCAUAUUAAUCCAUUAUUAGCUCCAAAAGCAAUUCAUUGUGACCAAAAUGUUAAAUAAUAUAUUUUAAUAUCAAUUGUAUGAAAGAGCAAAGACGUAUACAAACAAAACAUUGGUGAACUAAACAUUUGAGGCAUUAAUAAUAAUUUUUUUUUAUUAGCUUGGAUACUAACAGUUGAAAAUAUCUAUAAGGGUAAUGAAGAUGUAUUCAUGAAAUUUUACAAAACUUGGCAAAAAGUAAGUUAAUGAAAAAGGCUAUAAAAUAAGCAAAGAAUAAUCAAAAGCUCAAUUCUAGAGAGAGUACUUUUAUGCAUAAUAACCUCCGUCCUUUAUGGAACACUCAUGUGUCAGCACAGUGUCUAGAAUUUGGCAUUUUAAAAUAGAUAUCAUAGUUAUUUUGUGAAAAACUUAUUUUUGUAGCUUCUUCAGUGGUGUUUAUAAUUGUAAAAUGUACAACAAGUAUGAUUUAGCCUAGAGACCAUAAGAUUCAUUAAUAAAAUAUCUGCACUAUUAAACUUGUCCUAAAAUUACCUUGCAGUAAUGCUCUACGUUCCAGAAAUGUACAACUCCAGUUUUGUGAAAAUUGCAUAUUUUUCACAUUAAUUGUUUUUCACAUUAUCAAGGACUUUUUCUUUCUUAAAUAAUACUGAUAUAGUUUUAUAGAGAGUAAAUUUACUGUUUAAUACCUUUCAAAAGCAGAGGAAGAAGAAUAAAUACUGAAAUGUAAUGAAUAUA